AUGCCGCGGCGCAUCCAGCGUGUGUGGUUGGUGCUUGCUUGUUCUCUGCCAUGCCUGCACCGAUUUGCAACAGGGGGCUUCGCCUUCACUUCGUCAAAAGUUCCUUGGCGUGCGGACCGAGCGAGGCUGACGGUGCCUCUGCGUGCUGGCAAGGACGAGAUUAUCGUUCGACUACCAGACGGGGACAUACCAGAAGGAGUGCGAAAGCUGCGUCCUGGCCCAGAAGGGCCGCCGAGUGGCCCUGGGGAGGUGGACAAGGUUGAUGUUGGAAGGUUACCUACAUACUCCGAGCUUUCCGACCGGCUCCUUUCUGAAUACAUGCUCGGUUCCAACCAGAUUUUGCCUCUCAGGGGCAUUCUGGGAGGCAGCCCCUACUCAAAGACACUGCGGAAACAGAUCAGGCAGAACGGCAAGAGAAGCGGCAGUGUCCUCAUCUUUGGUGAGCCGGGAACGGAGAAAGACAUGCUGGCCUUCUUGAUCCACUAUUCUCGAGCCAAGGGCAGCCUUUACUUUGUUGACUGCGGCGGGGUGUCGGUACAAGGCGCUCGAAUCUUUGGACGGGCACGCUCUUCUGGACUCUUGGACCUGGCUUCUGAAGGGACGGUGGUGUUCAAUGACGUCGACAAGCUGAACAAAGCCUUGCUUCCAAGAGUUCUGCAGCUGGCAAUCAACGGUACAUAUUGGUCAAGAGCACAGAAGAAGGAGAAGCAGAGCAAGUUGAAAGUGAUCCUCACCGCAGAACAGUGGAGUUCAGUGUUGCAGCUCCUUCCAAAGAACAAGGUCGUUCAGAUUAAGGUACCGGCCUUGCGUGUUAGACGAAGUGACAUCUCGAGCAUGGUCCAGUAUGAGCUCAGGCGCUUGGCUCGCGGUACAGGGCGGCCUGUUCCGGAAGUUGAACCCCAGGCACUGAAAAGGUUGCAGGCCUAUGACUUUCCCAACAACGUCGAGGAGCUUUUUUUCUUGAUUGACAACGCAUAUCGCAACAUGGAGCCUGGUGGAAGCAUCACUGCGGACCUCUUGUGGACGGCCCAGAGUGUGCAGAAGUUGGACUUGUUCAAGGUGAACCUGCUGGAAGUUUAUCCCGGUCUCCGCCGUUUCCUUCAGUCAGACUGGCUCGAGCGCCUGAACCACGGGUUCACCAAGUAUGCUUUUCCGGUCUUUGUGAUCCUUCUCUUCAUAGGUCCCCAAACUUUUUCGCAGAACUUUGGCCUCAAUCUCUUUUGGGCUUGGUGGUGGCCUGGAAUCUUGCUGACCUAUCCCAUCCUGGGGCGCUUCUGGUGUGCGGUUUGCCCUUUCAUGAUCUAUGGGGAGGUGGUGCAGCGAUGGCGGGUGGGCCAGGGCGCCGUUCUCCAGAAAUGGCCGACGAAGCAGCUGGAAGAGUAUGGUCCAUGGUUCCUCUACCUGCUCUUCCUUGCAAUCCUACUUUGGGAGGAGCUUUGGGUGCUGGAGAACACAGCGUACUUGUCCUCAUGGCUUCUCUUGCUCAUCACGUUUGGCGCCAUGGUGGGCUCCUGGUUCUAUGAGCGGCGUGUUUGGUGCCGCUAUCUGUGCCCUAUCGGUGGCAUGAAUGGCCUUUAUGCACUGUUGGCACUGACGGAAGUCCGAUCGCAACAGGGCGAGUGCAAGGCUUCUUGCGAUACCUUCCACUGCUACAAAGGAGGCCCAGCAGAAGGGGAGGGACAGGAAACCAACGGCUGUCCGCUCUAUUCGCACCCUGCAAGCCUGAAGGACAACAAGACUCUUCGCUGGGUCCCGAUAUACCGUGACCCUUAA